AAAAUAAAAAAGAAAAGUGCAAUUUGUUGUAGUAUAACUAAGCUACCAGAGCCUGUGAUUGAGAACAAGAAGCCGCCCAUGAAAAGAAGCUACGAUACGUACAAGACCCCUGGUAAAAAGGCUGCAACCCUGCUGGGUUUUUUUUUUUUUUUGUCUAGAAACGGUCGCUCUUGGAAACUAUUAUCUAUUGAUCUCAUUGAUAUUGUCAUUUUCCGAAGAAGAUAUGAUUAAAACGUACUUAAAUAAGUAAAGGGAUUGAUUUUUUUUUUGACGAUAUCAAAAACAUAAGCUUCACCGCCGGAUUUAUCAUGCCUAAUCAGUAGCGAAUGUGCGAAGUUUCAUAAAAGUCCGUUGCAAACUCAUGAUAAUAUAGAACUCAACCCGAAACUUGUCAAUUUUUACACCGGACUUUCAUUUCUUUGUGACAAUUGAAACUGGUUUUCCAUAUUUUCGUGAGUUUGCAACGGAUUAUUUACCUGUUUUCUAAACUAUGGAGGUGUGUUUUUUUAUAUUGCGUGUGAUCGACACAAUGGCCCAUUAGUUAUGUUAAGGUCUUGGAGCGCCGAAAGAGUGUUUUUCUCUUUUUAUGGCCGACCAAGUUAACAAUUCAAUAUUUUGAGUUUUACUGAUUGCCAAAUGUUUUAUCUGAGAACUGAGCUCAUCACGUCAUGAUCGACUUUUUCUUUGAAAGUACUGCCGAAGCAUUUUCGUGCUAGUCGCAUAUUCGUUGAGGGAUUUUGAACUUGCAUAGUUGCUUAGGCAGCCUAAAACCUCAAGAAAACACGCGAGAGAAUGUUACCUGGUUUCUAUUGUAAUUAAUUUUAAAAUAUUUUCCGUUGAAAGAUCAGGAGACAGAGUAACGUAAACCUUUGUGUCCGACAUGUACUGAAGUGUUUUGAAAGCAGCAGCAAAGAACCAUUUUUUGCGGUCCGCAGAGUCAAGUCAGAUAGUUGUGUUGCAUUGUGGCAUGGCUCAAUGAAGGAUGUUACUACGAAAACAAUUCUUCCGUCUUUUCUCUGGCUUAAUUGUUCUUUUGGUGGUCGUUAAUGGCAUAAUAUGGAUAAGUAGGCAUCAUCGGAAAUCAAAUUUAGACGAACACUUUCGUGGAGAGGGAAUUGCAGCAGAAUUUGCCGGGUGGAAUGGUGAUAUCUGCAAUCGUCUGCUGGAUUGCUACACACUCGGAUCAUGGGAGUUUAAACCUGGCUUGACGAAGAAAAUGAUACAUGAGAGACGAGAGGUGGACAAAGGAAUCCUUGAAAACCUUGACUUUCCAAGGGAGCUGCACAGGGAAGAUGGUCGUUGCGGGCAAAUAAAUCGUCUCUUUCCAUCGGGAUUACCGUCACUCUGCGAUGAGGAAAGCGAGAAGCCUUGCUGCAACGAAGCCACGGGACUCUGUGGGAAUUCUAACGCGGAUUGCUUGUGCCCUUACUGUAAGGACUUUAGUAAGUAUUUCGCCGCGGAGCUUGCUAAUUGGAAGCCUUCCAGCCAAAAGUGCCCGUUUCAACAUUUUAACAGCGAUAGCACCUGUGCACUUUUGAACGAGCACGUGUCGGACUUGGUCUUCAUUGGUGAUUCAUUCAUUGGGCAUUUAUUCUUGACUCUGACAUUGCUGAUAACUGGUGAUCCGGUAAGAGGUGCAUUGAGGAGCACUCUUUCUGAGGAGGAAAAAGAGCAAUGCAGUGGAGAACUACAGUUUUUUGCAGGAAAGCACUCGUGCCAUCUCAAGCUCAUCCGUGAUUUGGAGGAGCUCGAUACAAAUCAACUCUGCAAUGGAAAGGCGCGAUUUAAAAGUUAUUUCGUCGAAGCCUACAAUGUGAACCAGUUUCCUUUAGCCGUUAAAACGGUGAAGAAUCUUCUUGGGAAGAGAAAGGCGAUCAUUGUUCUCGGAGUAGGUAUUCACAUCCACUUAAAUGCCACAAUGGUUAUCGCGAAAUACCUAAAACCUUUCCUUUCUUUGAUUGAAAACAGUGGUAACGAUAGACCACUAUUAAUCUGGGCGACUAUCCACCAAGUCGAUAACUUCCUCACUUCUGACUGCGUGAAGAAUUACUCACCCAUUGCAAAGUUCAAUGAAGAAAUGUCCAAGUUUUGCCGUGCAAGAAAUAUCCCUGUGUUUGAGACUUCCACAGUUACUCGGAACAUUAAGAGCAACGAUGGACAACACGUUGGUUAUGGCGGCAACAUAGCAAAAGUGCAGAUACUUUUGAACUAUUUGAAGAGCCGUUUUGAGAUAUGCCAAAGUUCAGAACACUAAUCCCGACUUCGGCCAGUAAAGAACUUUUCCCGGGCGAGGAUGGGUCGCUUUGAGAUGCCGCCAAAUUUCACAACCUUAAUCGUGAUUUUGACCAAUGUAAAAUUUUUCCUGGGCAAUGAAGAGCAGUUGAGGUGUGCCAAGAUCAACAUAAGUCAGGAUUUGAACCAGUGCAGAACUUUCCCGCGAGCGAUGAUGAGUCGCUUAGAGAUGCCCCAAAGUUCAGAUGAUUUAGACCAGUGUAGAACGAUCUAGCACAUUUAUCGGACGAUGUAGAAAUUCUUUGAGAUGCGCCAAAGUUCAGGACCUGAAUCAUGAUUUAGACCGGUGUGGAACUUUUCCCGGGCGAUGUCCAUAUGCUGUUUGAUUACAUCCCUUUGCGAAAUGUGUUUCACACACACUAUAUAUUUCACAGCACGUAACAGUUAAGUCUCCAAAAGUCGUUAACAAACAGUUUUGUCAAAUUUUUGAAGUCCGAACUUUAACAAAAUCAAGUAUUGAAGGCAAUUGAUUUAAGCUCGACUGAUGCAGCUAAUUAUUUCAUGUAGUCAAUGUAAUUUGCAACUAUUAACAACACUGAUAUUAUAUCUUAUUGUCCGUUUUAUCAUCCAAAUUAGUUUGGUUCGUAAACUAAGGCCCAUCCAUACCACGCCAGACGAAUUUGAAAACGGUGAUUUCAUUCUGAAAGGGCAUCAAAUUUUUCCCUCCACAAAACGCCGAGAGGAAUAUAGAAACGCAACAAUCACCAGUCAUUUUAAAGUUGUGUUUGAGGGAAACGUGACGCCAUCG